AAAUUUCCUCGUCUCGUUAAGGAUGGAACCACUUCAGCAAUUCAGUGUUCCGGUAAAAAAUUAUCGCUUGUAGCGCAAAUCAGCUGUGAUGUUGUACUCCGCGGCCCACUGAAGCUGGAAUACUAUGGGUGCGUCGUGCAGAAAAUGUUGAACAGGAGUGAAGUACAGGGCUACUACAAAUGAUUCAUUUGUUUUCAAAGUUCUAUAUUUUUCGAGGUGUUACAUGUACAGAAAUAGUCGGUGCAUGACCAGAGCAGUAAACUCACCAAGUUCGCAUUUUGCACUCUACAAGUGAUCUACGAGUACCGGUCUGGUCACACGACACACGUCCAGGCUGUAAUCAAAGUAAUUGCACAUGUUACGCAGCAACAUCACAGCAGCAUUGAUGCGUUCUCUGAGCUGUUCCAGUGCUCUUGGCAGAGGGGGGACGUAUUCACGGUUCUGAACGUACCUCCAAGGGAAAAAAUCACGGGGCGUUAGGUCAGCCGACACGGGAGCCAAAAGAACAGGUUGAUCGAUUUGGUAGCGACAAACAUCGACGCCGCUUUUUAUUGGAAGAUGAAGGUUUCGUAACCAGCAGUCAUCUGUGGAAACAACAACAACUGCUACCUUUCAGGGAUGGCCCUCGCGAUGCGGCGCAGCUGGUGCGGCUGCUCGUUGAAGGCGGGUUCUAUAAUCACGGCCUUCCUCUUCACGGCAGGCAGCCUCUGGGAGAUCAUGGACGCCACCUGGAUGAUCUCGGUCGGCCACCCUACAGAAUUCGGCGAAGAUGACCAGCAGACGACGGCGAUAGCGAUGCUGUGUCUGGGAACCAUCGUCCUCGCCACCAGCAUAGCCCUUCUCGUCGCCUCCAUCAAGGAGCGCCCCGGACCGCUGCUGGUGUUCGUGGCGGUGAACGCUGUGGUGGGGGCCCUGCACGCGGCCGUGCUGCCCCUCGAGGUGCUGGCGCUCUUCAGCGAGGGACACCCCCGCGACGCCUGGGCGCUGCUCGUCGUUGCUGUCGCUGGCGUCGUUUUGGACGUAUACCUGUUGGUGGUUGUCUACAGCUUUCAUCAGUUUUUGUGCGAAAGACAGAGAAGUGGAACUGUUUAACUGCAUUUCAGUGACACUACCUGCCAGUACCUAAUGUUGUAUGAGACCUGUCUGAUUAUUUCCAUGUUAAAUACAAAUAAAAAACAUAAUACAAAUGAUUUGGAAAGAAGCCUGUGAUAUAGCAGCUGAACAAUACAGAAAUUUAUUUUUAUUCACUUUAAUUAAUUUCACUGAUGAUGAACUGUGUAACUUAACCUAAUUCUU